CCGAAAUGCAAUGUAUGUUAUUUCUGCGGUUUUAACAAGUGCUGGACUAAACUUAGACGAUUUUACCGUUAGCAGACAAACAAUCUCAAAGGCCCGUGCAGAAUAUCGCGAAGAGAUUGCUCAAAAUAUCCAAAGCAAUUUUGAUCUAAAUGGAUCACUUGUUGUACAUUGGGAUGAAAAGCUGCUUCAAGAUCUCACAGGUACUGACAAAGUAGAAAGAUUGCCAGUUUUGGUAUCUUCUGGAGCAAAUGUUCAGCUGCUUGGAGUCCCAAAAUUGUCUUCUGGAACUGGUGAAAGACAGGCAAACGAAGUUUGCAAAUUGAUGAAUGCAUGGGAACUAAGCGAUCGCAUCUGUGCAAUGGGAUUUGAUACAACAGCAGCAAAUACAGGAAUCAAAAAAGGCGCUUGUACCCUAAUUUUUUAUGGCUGGCGUGUAGGCAUCAUAUUGCUAAGGUUUUGA